AUGGAUGGAAUGGAGGAGGAGGGUGGUGAGGGCAGGAAUUGGGAAGGGGGACAGGGAAGAGCCAAAAGAGGGAGAAGCAGCAGCAACCAGGGACAGGGUGAUGGGAAUAAAAAAUGGGAAAAGGGGAAGGCAAAGAAGCAAAGGAAAGGGGUGGAAAAGGUGGAGAAGAGGAAAAUAAAGAAGGAAAAAUUGCUGGAAGAGGAGCAAGAGAUGGAGAAGGAGGAAGAGGAAGGAGAGAAAGGAGUGGGAGGUGAAGUGGAAGAGGGAGAGAGAGUGGGAAAGGGAAGUGGAGAUGGGAAAGGAAUAAAGGAGGAGGAAGAGGUGAAUGAGAGAGGUGAGGAAGGAUUGGGAUUGGGAGAGACUCUGAGUGCAGGGAUGGGGCAGGGGGUGAAGGAGGAGGAUGAAGGAAAGGGAGAUGAGCCAGGGAAAGAGAAAAAGCAGAAAAACAAGAAGAAAAAGGCAAAGGCAGAAACAAAAGAGGAGAUUGAAGAGGAGGAAACUCCAGGGAAAACUGGGAAAUCUAAGGAARGAGAAGRAAAGAAAAAGGAAGAAAAGAAGAAGAAAAAGGCUGAAAAACAGAAGGAGGAAGAAAAAGAGACAGAAAACAAAUGGAAAUGGUGGGAAGAGAAGAAGAAGGAAGGUGGAGUCAAAUGGAUGCARCUGGAGCACCGAGGGCCCUACUUUGCCCCCCUCUACGAGCCCCUGCCCGAGGAUGUGCGGUUUUAUUACGAUGGAAAACCUCUGAAGCUGAGCCUGGCCACGGAGGAAAUUGCCACGUUUUAUGCGAAAAUGUUGAAUCAUGAGUACACAACCAAGGAGAUCUUCCAGAACAACUUUUUCCAUGAUUGGAGGAAGGAAAUGACCUCAGAGGAGCAGGAGAUAAUCCAGGAACUGGAAAAAUGUGACUUCACAGAGAUCCACAAGUAUUUUGUGGACCAAAGUGAGGCCCGGAAAGCGCUUUCCAAGGAGGAGAAGCAGAAGCUGAAGGAGGAGGCGAAGAAGAUCCAGGAGGAAUAUGGAUACUGCAUCCUGGAUGGGCAUCGGGAGAAGAUCGGCAACUUCAAAACGGAACCACCAGGGCUGUUCCGGGGCCGUGGGAAGCACCCCAAAAUGGGGAUGCUGAAGAAGAGGAUCAUGCCAGAAGAUGUCAUCAUUAACUGCAGCAGGGAUUCCAAGAUUCCUGUGCCCCCAGAAGGUCACAAGUGGAARGAGGUGCGCUUUGACAACACGGUCACCUGGCUGGCCUCGUGGACGGAGAACAUCCAGAACACCUUGAAGUACAUCAUGCUGAACCCCAGCUCCAAGCUGAAGGGUGAGAAGGACUGGCAGAAAUAUGAGGUAGCUCGGCGCCUAAAGGAUGUCGUCCAUAAAAUCCGGGCUCAGUACAGAGCKGACUGGAAAUCCAAGGAUAUGAAGAAGCGGCAAAGAGCAGUGGCCCUCUACUUCAUCGAUAAGCUGGCCCUGCGAGCUGGGUAUGAGAAGGAGGAAGGGGAGACUGCGGACACAGUUGGCUGCUGCUCUCUGCGAGUGGAGCACAUCCAGCUGCACCCUGAGCUCGAUGGGCAGGAGCACGUGGUGGAGUUUGACUUCCUUGGGAAAGACUCCAUCCGUUACUACAACAAAGUGUCCGUGGAGAAACCAGUGUUCAAGAACCUGCGGCUGUUCAUGAAGAACAAGGACCCCAGCGAUGACCUCUUUGACCAGCUCACUCCGACCUUCCUGAACAAACACCUCCAGCACCUCAUGGAUGGUUUGACGGCCAAAGUCUUCAGGACCUACAACGCUUCCAUCACCCUGCAGGAGCAGCUCAAGGCCCUCACCAACCCUGAAGACAACGUUGCAGGAAAGCUCCUGUCCUACAACCGAGCCAACCGAGCUGUGGCCAUCCUGUGCAACCAUCAGAGAUCUGUGCCAAAAACCUUUACCAAGUCCAUGCAAGUCCUCCAGGAAAAGAUCGAUGCCAAGAAGAAACAAAUAGAGAAAGCCCAGGAAGAACUGAAAAAAGCUGAAGAUGAGUUUGAAGACACAAAAGAYGCCAAAGCAGAAGCGAGCAUUGAGAAGAAGAAGAAGCUGUUGAAGCGGCUGGAAGAGCAGCUGGCAAACCUGAAUGUCCAGGCCACAGAUAAGGAGGAGAACAARCAAAUAGCUCUGGGCACAUCCAAGCUGAAUUACCUGGAUCCCAGGAUUAGUGUGGCUUGGUGCAAGAAAUUCGGGAUUCCCAUCGAGAAGAUCUACAACAAGACCCAGAGGGAGAAGUUUGCCUGGGCUAUCGACAUGGCUGGCGAGGACUUUGAAUUCUGAGCUGGUGCCUUCCAUGUUAAAUCUGAAAUCCUGCUCGUUGGGUGCUGUUGGAAAGCUAUUUUAGAAACUCUCUGCUGAUAGGGGCUGAGAGUUGUCUGAGUUUGGUGUCUUUUUUUUCUUUUUUUGAUGGRAAAGCAAACACUUGGAUUUCCAGUUAAAAUAGAUAUUGCUGGUUGUGACACUCCCYCUGUCUGCAGUGACUUUGGGAACUCAGUGACUCUCAGGAACUCAGAGCUCCUGAGUACUUGGGUUUUUUUUUCUUUCUUCCUCUGGAGUUUUGGAAGGAGAUUAAAUAAGAGCCUAAUUGUACUGAUCAAUAAAAUCAGGUCUAAUCCAGUCUUCUUGGGGUAGUGGAGCUCUGUUGCCCUUUCCCAACUCUGAAUGGGAUAGAUGGGGAAACAUGAGGUGGUGACGGCAGGAAAAGAGGGAAUUGCAAUAUAAAACCUGAGAUUGGAUUAGGGAUUAACUGAGAGAAAUGGAAAAAAACUCAGGUUUUCCAUUUCAGGGGACUUUGUGCCCUUUCACCUCCAGGAAAGGAGAAAGUUGUGCAAUGACAGGGACAUAAAAUGGGAAAACGKGGGAGGGAAUUUGUAUCACGACAGGGGAAGGUGGAAGGGAAGAUUUUGGAUUUAAAAGCAGUUUCAYAUUACAGGGGUGUUCAAAUUCACCUUUUUGUGAGCAAAGUGUGUUUUCAGCACCCUCGGGUGGUUAAAUUUUGUUCUGGGAGGGAUCUCACUCAGGGCCAUGUUUAUUCCUGUGUUUUCUUCACUUGGCUCUGGCUCAGCUCCUGUAUCCAAAACCAGGAGCUGUAUUGUCCAGCCACUGAUUUAGGAAACAGGGAAUUUCCUGGAAAAUAGGCAAGAAGUGGGUAUGAUACUGGGCCAAGCUCUGUGGGAUGUGUGGUGGGRAAUGGGACCAGGAUUCCUGGAGCUGCUCCUGUGUUGGGAUGACACCUUUGGCAUCAUCCUUGCUCCAGCUGGGAAUGGAGCAGGCAGGAAUCAACAGCAUAAAAUGGUUGUGUUUGGUGCUUGAUUGGCUGCUUUCCACACCCCAGAAAAAGGUAAUAUCAGCACAUUCCUGGCAGCAUUCCCACAUCCCAGUGAAUCCCAGGUUGUAUGAGCAGCAAAACCUGGCACUUCAGGGUGCUGAAUUCCAAAGCUCCUGGUGCUUCCCAUGUGUUCAUUUCCACUUGUUCUUGUAUUGAAACUGUUGCUGUUUUGRUUGGAAAUGGAGGGCUCGGAAUGCAUUUAAUUAAAACUGGGAGUGAAUUU